AUUUGUGGGAUUUUUUUCUUCAUAAGAUAACUUCCCCGGUCAGGCCAUUGGGCGGAUCUUCCUCUCUCUCUCCCCCUCUUUCUCUCUCUUCUCUGCGCUCUCACCGGAUCUACUAAUUCAAUAUCAUCGGAAUAGUAGAAUUUUUUAUAUUGAAUAUAUUCAUCAGUACGUACAAUUAUUUUAAAAAAACAUGCUUAAAUUUUGUACUUGUGUGAAUUUCAGAACAGAGUCGAGCGACGAGGAGCGGCGGAGGGAUUCGCCGGCGAGGAAAUUGGAGCGUCAGAAGGAACUAAUUAAGGAGGCACAGAAUGUUCCUUUAUCUCCGUCUUCUCGAUCUCAACGUCAAGAUUACCAGGACGAUAGACUUAUCAAUUUAGACGCGGGAGACCCAACAAUGUUCGAAACGUAUUGGAAGAGAAUGGGGAAGAAAGCGACGGUGGUGAUACAAGGGUGGCGGUCGAUGAGUUAUUACUCCGGUGGUCAGAGCCUGUGUUGGUUUCUUGAGCCAGAGUUGUGCCAGCAGAUCCUUAGACUCCACAGAGUCGUCGGAAACGCCGUCACGGAGGGCCGCUACAUCGUGGUCGGAACCGGCUCCUCCCAGCUCAUAUUGGCCUCCCUCUACGCCCUCUCUUCCCCAGAUUCUCCCCAGCCCACCCCCGUCGUCUCCGCCGUCCCUUAUUACUCUUCGUACCCGUCGGUGAGCGAGUUCUUGAGAAGCAAUCUUUUCCAAUGGGGUGGAGACGCGGCCACAUACAAGGAAGACGAAGACGGCCACAAUCCUUACAUAGAAAUGGUGACUUCACCCAACAACCCUGACGGCAGUAUACGGGCGCCAGUGGUUAACCGAAGCGGAGGCAAAGUGGUGCACGACCUGGCCUACUACUGGCCCCACUACACUCCAAUCACCGCCCCCGCCAACCACGAUCUCGCCUUGUUCACCGCCUCCAAGUGCACCGGCCACGCCGGCUCUCGCAUCGGCUGGGCCCUCGUCAAGGACCCCGCCGUCGCCUCCAGGAUGGUCAAGUUCAUCGAGCUCAACACCAUCGGCGUGUCCAAGGAUUCCCAGCUCCGGACCGCCAGAAUUCUGAGUGUCGUAUCGGAUAGUUGCGAACAGGCUUUCACUUCCGAAUGCAGUGAAUCCUUUUAUGGGUUCGGCCACCGCCUCAUGACCGAGCGGUGGCGGCGCUUGAGGCAGGCCGUUAAACACGGCGGGAUGUUCAGUUUGCCGGAGUUCCCUUCUGCUCAUUGCAACUUUCUCCGCCGACCUACAGAAUCCCGACCCGCUUUUGCGUGGCUGAAGUGCGAGGGAGAUGAAGAAGAUUGCGCAAGCUUACUGCGACGCCAUAAAAUAGUAGGGCGAAGUGGGGUGAACUUUGGGUGCAGCGCAAAGUUCGUUAGAAUAAGCAUGGUGGAUCGAGACGACAACUUCGACUUGUUGGUGCAGAGAAUAUCAAAGAUCACCUUGCCAACCUCGUAAACAGUACUAAAUAAUUCGACAUGUCGAAUCUCCCAUCUGUUCCGUUGCAUGCGUUGUUGCAAGUUUUUCAAUUACAUCGACGUGUGAGAAUAUUGAGGAGUACGAGAAAAUAGACAGAGUGGAACGGGAGCAGAAGCCCAAUAAUAUAUAUUAUAUAAUAUAUAUUUAUAUAUAUAAUAGUGCGUAUAUUUGCGACAAUUAUAGAAAGGAGAGAAUCAGAAAAAUAAAAAAGGAAAGAAAAAGAAAAAAAGGGUGCUCGUAAUAUAUUAUGCCACCGCCCAAUUUUUACCGCAUACAUACGCAAUAUUUACAAUUUUGUAAUAUCCGCAAUUACUGCAUAUCAUAUGCAAUAUUUACAAUUUUGUAAUAUCCGAACAAUUAAAUAAAUUUUCGGAAUAUUUAUAU